AAUAGCUAUGGAUAGCAGAGAGGAGUGAAAGUGUGUGACAGCAAAGUUUGUCUCCAUUAGAUUUAUGAGUCCAGCUACCGCUCGUGUGUAUUAAGCACAUGUCAGGUAACGUCGUGGUUAGCGGGCAGCUGUGUCGCUGAGAGAAGAGGAGUGAAAACUUGAUGUUCAGCUUCUGUUUCCUGAAGAAGUUCAUGGUGAAUUUUGAGGUUUGCUUUGUCUCACUGUCCUGCUGCAGAAGAGAGCCUCAUGUCAAUUUCACUUUCUUGACUGACUACAGGACAUUUGCAUCCAGAAUGAGCUGAUGUGUGUCAUGGAAAUGAUUUUCUUACCACUGUCUGAUAGGCCAUGAUAGGCUUGUCAAGUUAUGCAGGGGUUAUGGAAAGUCUAAUGAAUUCUGCCGAAGAGCAGCAACCCUCCUCUCCCCUGGCCAACUCGUGGUCCAAAAAGCAGGAAUCAAGCAAGAAUCAAAAGCCAAAAGGUGUUGGUGGAUUUGUUUUAGUGCAUGCAGGAGCAGGAUACCAUUCUGAAUCUAAGGCCAAGGAGUACAAGCAUGUGUGCAAAAGAGCCUGCCAGCGAGCUGUGGACCAGCUCAAAGCUGGGGCACUUGCUGUGGAAGCAGUGGCUGCAGCAUUGGUUGAACUUGAGGAUUCUCCUUUUACAAACGCAGGCAUGGGUUCCAACCUUAAUCUGUCAGGGGAAAUUGAAUGUGAUGCAAGUAUCAUGGAUGGGAAGUCACUGCAUUACGGAGCUGUAGGCGCUAUUAGUGGUAUUAAGAACCCAGUCUUAGUUGCAAACCGUCUACUGAAUGAAGCACAGAAAGGGAAACUAUCAGCUGGCAGAAUACCACCCUGCUUUUUAGUGGGGCGAGGAGCACACGACUGGGCCGUCAGCCAUGGAAUACCACCAUGCCCUUCAGAGAAAAUGGCCACCAAGUUCAGUUUAUCAGCGUACAAGAGGAACAAGCGAAAGAUGGAGCUGGCAGAGAAAAUGGACACGGGACUUAAUCAGACAAAGAAAAGACGACAAUCAAGUGAAAAUGAAAACGGUUCGGGGUGUCUCGACACAGUGGGAGCCGUUGUGGUCGACCUGGAAGGGAAUGUAGCUGCAGCAGUGUCCAGUGGAGGCCUGGCCAUGAAACAUUCCGGCAGGGUCGGCCAGGCUGCUCAUUAUGGAUGUGGCUGCUGGGCCGAAAACGCCUGUAACAUGAACCCUUACUCUACAGCAGUGAGUACCUCAGGCUGCGGAGAGCAUCUGAUUCGCACCAUGCUGGCACGGGAAUGCUCUGCUGCCAUGCAGUCUGAAGAUGCCCACCAAGCACUGCUGGAGGCUAUGCAAAACAAGUUCAUCAGCUCCCCCUUUCUGGCCAGUGAAGAUCGUGUCUUGGGUGGAGUAAUUGUCCUGCGGUGCUGCAGAUGCGUGGAAGCUCAGCCAUCUCAAAAUAUUCAGGGUAUAUUGGUGGAGUUCCUAUGGAGUCACACCACAGAGAGCAUGUGUGUUGGCUACAUGUCUGCCCAAGACAGCAAAGCAAAGACACACAUAUCCAGAUUACCACCCGGGACUGUUCCUGGACAGUCUUUGGCCAUCGAGGGAGGUGUGUGCCGACUGAUGAGCGUAGUGGAGUGAGCCGCGUUCGCCCCUUCCUCUGGGCUUCUUCAGCAAUACUCCAAUACAUACCCUUCCUCCCACACACACACACACAGACACACACCUCUCUCACCUCCCCACCACCUUUUUUGAUGCCAGAAGUAAUGAGCUUUAGCUGUUUUAACAGGUGUCCAGGAAGGAGGGAGGAGUGUUAGCUACUACUUAGUGCACUUACAGGACUUCCCUUUGCCACCGUCUGCCUCCAGCAUGUACUCUAUGCCAACUUACCCCCCCACCCCCAGGCUCUCCAGUGUCACCUGGAUUAGAGUUGAUGCACCGUUUUUGUUUUUUUUUGUUUGUUACUCUUCCCCUACUAAAAGUGACGUCCUUCCUUUUGUAUAUAAGCUAUGAUUUAGGUAAAACAGGGUGGAUGUUCAUUUUAUUUUGUAUUGCUGAACAGAUGUGACUAUUUUCAAACCUUUAGGGAUUUCAAAUGCAAGACCUUGUUUUGUUCGUAGGAUUCUUCUCAUGUUUAAAAAGAUGUCAGAUCGCACCUUGUGGAAUGCCUGCGACUCAAAGUAAUUGUUACGAAUGAAGCGUUUAUAGCUGUGAGAGUUGAACAGUGACGAUAAAAGCAAUUUACAAUGUUAACAUGUACAGACCAACUUCCACCUUCUAUUCGUGCAGGCAUAUUGUUCUUAAUCCUCCUCCAGCAUUACUGUAUAAUGUAGCAUAAUGUGCAUCUUAGAUCAUGAUGAAUUUUAUAACCAUUUCAGCCAUAGAAUGCUUUGCUUUGAUUGUUUUAAAAUGUGAAUGCAUAGCUAUUGCAUGGACAAAACCUACAGUAAGCCACUUUCUGUUCUCUGACAGGCAUAAAGUUGAUCAAGCAGCAGGAAGCUAUGCACUUCCAGAGUAAUGCUGAUACAUAUGUGUGUGUAUAUGUAUGUGUAUGCACACACAUAGUGCUCAGGUAGCAGCAUUUGACCCCACCACCAAACACGACUGUUCGUCAUCAUUUAAAGAAGAUAACAAUUUAUAUUUGUAUAGUCACAUUGACAGAGAUGUGUAUUUUCUUGCUAAAAAAAAAAAAAAAAAAGAAAGAAAGAAAGACAGCUAAAAACUAAUUUAUGCAUCAAGCCCAUAAAAUGGUGCUGUUGAGAACUGUACUUGAAAGGAGAA